CUUAACCUUCCUCAGUCGCUCGCUUUGGGACUGUCUCAUCCUGCCUCAAUGCAGUGGCUCAAGUAAUCUCACUUAGCCAGUGUGCUUCUGUUCACUUCAGAUUGCUGUUCAUUCUCGAGGACAUGUCGCUGCGUGUGGUUCUGAGUCUGGCGGUCAUGAGCCUCGUGCAGGCGAGUUUGCGUGGGAAGAUUGUGGCCACGAGUGGCUCCAUGAGUGAUGCAAUGCGACUGUACACCCAAUUCCUCUGCCGGGUUGGUCUACGCCAAGGUGUGGAAGCAGUGCGGGAGACCGUCUUGCAGGAGGUCCUGGCCGCUUUGGGCAGCGGACAUCGAGUGACCUCGGACCGGCUCUCCUCCAUUGAAGCGAUCCUGGCCCCCACUUUCAAGGCCAUGCCCAAGAACGAGUUCGGGAACUUGGAGGAUGCCGCAGCCAGGUACGUCUUGCAUCGGCUCUUUGUGCGACGCCACGCCAUGUACAUCAAGGGCUUGGAAGCAGAGGGCAUGAGCUGGAACGAGACUUCCACCGCAGAGGUCUUGGAGGAUCACGUGCCUUCUUUGGUGCUGUCGCUCUUCGAGGACCGCCUCAAGGGACACGGCCUCGGUCUCCAUGAGCUGACGGUCUUGGCAGCGACCCUGGAGCAUCUGAUCCACGAUGAGGCGGUGUCGCGCUUGGGCGUGGUCUAUGAGGUGCACGGGCACCCGAAGGACAGCCCCGUGAACCAGGUGGAUCUCCAAGAGCUCAUUGAUACCUACAUGACCAUCUUCUUGGCUGGCUCCCCCGACAUGAACGCCACUACCGUGGCCGAGGAACGUGCGAAAGUCGUGGAGACUUAUCCUGGUUGGCAGAGCACUCGGAAGUUCACCAUCGGCGUCCGCUCGGAUGUCCUGGCCAAGUCCAACUCCGGAAACUUCAGCUUCGACACGGCCACGCAGAUCGUGGAGGAGAUCGGGGAGCGCUAUGGCCACUGGCAGGACGCCGAAUGCCGAGACCUGAAGCGUCUACUUUCCAAGUACGAGAAUGCAGGCACGGGACGAGUCCUUCUCAAGGACUUCUACGGCGCGGCUCUGGACGGCAAUUGGCAGUUCUCGGAAUCGGUGGAGUAUUUGCAAGAGCUGGGGGCGCUGGACCAGUCGGACUCCUCGAAUCCAGCGGUGCUCAUCCCGAACUACGUGAAUUCGCAAUCCAACUGCGUGGCGUCGUCGAGUAUCUAUUCGGUGUGCUGCAUCAAUGAAUGCGAGGCUUUGCUCGGACAUUUGGAACAGGAAGUCGCAGCACCCGAAGCAACGCCGGAGCGGUUGUUGGAGCUGGUGUCGCAGCUGCCCAGCGCUUCGCAACGAGCGCAGCCGCCUUCCGGCGCCUUGGCCAAGCGCUUGCAGGAGGUGGCAGAGCAGCACAAUGGCCUAGUGCCCUUGCACGGACGGCUCUUUGCACAGUGGCUCCACCAUGCCUAUCCUCGUGAGUGCCCCUUUCCACAUCCCAGUGGCAAGACGAAUCCCAUGACGGCGGACGAAUGGAUGCAGGUGAAGCGGCAAGGUGUGGCAGCGAGCAAGGAGGAGAUGCGGCGCUACAUGAAUUCCCCGCAGGCCAAGGCCACCGUGCCCACCGUGACGUCCGAAACCUUGCCCUGGAGCCACGAGGAAGAAUUGGUGGCACGCCACAAGACGGGCGACUCCCGAGGAUACCUCCGACAGGUCCUCUGGUGCUUGGCCGCUGCCGGGAUCGUCACCCAGAUGUUGCGCCAAGCGCUGCAUGGCUUUGGCCGAGGGCAGGAGAUGCUCAUUCCCUUGGUGCACAAGCAGCACGCCUGCUGAGCGUCAGGUCUCACAACCGACACGACGCGGGACUCCACGUCGAA